AUGGGCGAGAAUAUUGAGGCUGUUGAUGCACGUUUCAAGAUUAUAGCUGAGAAUCUGCGUCUGGCUAUGUGCGCCGCUCCCGAACUUGACAUGGCAUUUGAACCAGAGCUAUUCGGCUUCACUCCGGAUCACCUUGAUGUGCUUCAAAGCGAUCUCGCGGAGCUUCGAGCUUCGCUCGCAGCCAUCGGUUCAAUUGCGCAUUCUUCCGAUGAAAUCAAAUUGUUGAAGCAACUGGUCAAGAAAUUGCAGGAAGAUUGUCUUCGCGCCCAAGAGGAUCGGGUAUCCGCUUUGUUGGAGUGUGCGAAACUGCAGAAGGAGCGUAACGACGUAUGCCGUGAUGCGAUUGAGAAGAUUGAGGCACUCCGAAAAGAGAAUAGAAGGUUGAAAUUGGAUCUUGCCAAUUUAAAACACAAGCAAGAUAAAGAGGUGGAAAAGGGCAACAAAAACCGGAUUGGCAAGGAGGGUAGGUCCAAGAAACGCACUUGCACGCCCAUUGGCAAGGCCGCCGCUACAUCGCUCUCCCCUAAUUUGGGAUCCAGAUAA